UGCGCACCCGUUAGCAGCUCGGCCGUCCGCUCGUGGCUUUGCCUGUGCGCUGGCGGAAAAACAGAUGUAUACAUACACUUUUGGAAGAGCGGUCGACGCCUAGUAAUUUUUUUUUCUUAGCCUACGAGGGUGCCCGUGUAGUCUUCGCAAAGCCCAGAUUUGUUUUGCUUUUGUUCUUUAAAGAGGAAAGUCCAACCCCAUAAGCGUGUUCUGCGUCGGGCUAGAGAGAGAGAGAGACGGACUGGAGGUCCUACGCUUGUAACGGCGCGAGUGUUCGAGAGGCAGUCAGGAGGGCGCGGCGUCCUAGGGAAGUGCAGGAUGAAGCGUCGAAACGAUCCCCACUAGUACAGCCGGCACCUCUACCCUCAAGGAUCUAUCUAGAUGGGGCGUCACGUGUCUUCGACGGCGAAACAUUCUAAUCUCUCUUGAUCUCCUUCUGCCAUCAAUCCAAGGAGAGCCAGGGGUCGCUGUCCACGCCGCGCCCCUCGCUCGUCAGCCUGGACGGCCGCGUGUACUUCAACGAGGAGAAGGAGAACAAGCGGCUGUUCGGCCAGGUGACCAUGUUCCACGUGGGGCUCGUGUUCAUCGUGAUCGGCCUCAUGCUCACCAUCACGUCGCUGGUGCCCGGCUACGUGAAGAGCACCACGCCCGAGCGCCGCAGCGACCUCCUGGGCACCGGCUGCUUCUGCGUGUUCCUUGGCGGCCUGCUCACCACCAUCAGCCGCUUCGUGUCCAACAACGAGGAGAAGGAGCUCAACCAGUACAUCCAGGGCCGGCUGGGGCGCUCCAAGUCGGGCCACCGGCUGGUGCGCGACGCCGAGAGCGGCCUGCCCACGCCCACCCGGGAGCGCCGGAACAAGCCGCAGCAGAACGGCGUCACGCCGCCCGCCUCGCUCGAGACGGCCGGCAAGAGCGGACUCAAGCCGCGGGCGGAGGCCGAGCGCAAGCAGGAGAGCCCGACGUCGAUGCCGCAGGAGCCUGGUGGCAGCUCGUCCCCCGUCAGCGACGUCAGCGGGAUGAUGUCGUCGGCGUCGCUGGAGCCCGUCCUCUCGCGCAUCCUGGAGGAGGACGAGGAGAUGGAGCCCGACGCCGCCACGGAGCCCCUGGACUCGACCCCCGAGUCGUCCCUCACACCUACCUCGCCGCUGGAGACUCAAGGACUACUGGAUCGACACCACUCCACGCCCAGGAAAGGCUCCAAGUCCUCCUCGAAGAGCUCGAGUAAGAGCUCAAGACACUCGGGCGUGUAGGCCGAGGGCCGACCCUCGCCCCUAGCGCUGCCGCGGCGCCCCCGACCAAGUCCGCGCCCGCGCCGCAGCCUCCCUCCAGGUGCCCCCUCCCCCCUAGAAGAGAGAAAAGAAAAUAGGAAGAGAGAUAUUUUGUGUCGCUGUUGAUCGGUGGCACUUUUUCCGACGCCUUUCCCAGCGUCGGAAUGUGUCUCCUUAUCCAAAGGUGUCAAGAAAAUCUUAGUGUAACCUCUGCUACUUAUAUCCCAAAAGCUGAUCAAAGAGAUUGAUUUACUUCACUUUUUUAAAUCGAGUAUGAGUAAGCAUGUAAGAAAACACUCUAUAAGUUUCUACUCGAAGUGAAGAUUAUAUUUUUAUGUAACAUUUUCGCACAACUUUUCAACUCUAUUUUGGUAAUAAUUUGGACCAAACUUUGAUUUUGUAUAGUUAUUACAGAAUAGACCAUGACACUCUCAACAACUUCCAGUAACUUGAGUUCAACACUAUAGAAAAAAACAUUAAAUGUACAUAGCCCUAUACAUAUAAACCUGAUAAUUACAUGAUUAAGGAUGCGUAUUGCUCCUAGUAUCACGAACCCACCAAAUACUAGAGGAAAACAUCUUUCAACUUAGCUUUGACUGAAGCUGGUCUCUGUUGACUAGCGCGAAUUUCCAGUAUAUUAUUCGAGUCUUCGUUAGAGAAUAAAACUUUAUAUAUAUAUAUUUUUUUCAAACAGGAAGAAUAGCUUAUAAUGAAGACAUAUUUUUUUCCAUUCUUUUUUUUUUUUUAAUCCUGCUUAGCGCUUAUACUGAAAUCUUUCUGUUCCGUAGUCAGUGAGCAGGGGUUGGGACGCAGCUCAUGAAAACACUCUAGUGAUGUCAUUAUUUCACUUUCUAAAAAUAAUCAUAAUUAGGACCAACUUUGAGGUGUGGUGCGCGACGUCUGUCAAGGACUAGGAAGACU